UGUAACCCAGGGAGACAGAAAGAAACAAGUUAGGUGGGAAAAAAAAUUGGGUGAAAGAAAGUGUGGGGAGCCAACGCUGUCGGGAACUGCUCUUUAAUCACUUUACGCAGAGCUGAAGCAUGCCCGCCAGCAGCAAGAGCCUGGAGCCGCGGAGUUUUGUGAUGCUAAAACCUUUGCCCUUGCCUCCGUCCAAAGGCUUGAAGGUGAAAGCCCGGAGCCUGACCGUCUACAGCCCCAGCGAGCCCAGCAGGCAGCAGGUUUUCCACGACAACUACCGCAGGAGGCAGGAUCAGCUGAGCCGGCAGGGUUACCGCUCGGUCUCCUGGAAACCCUAUCAGGCAAUCGGCCAGCCCCUUCACCUGGAGCCGAGGCAACUCGUCCUGCAUUCACUGGGGCAGCUCGACCAGAUUGUGAAUGAAGAGCCUAACAGUGCUGCAGAGGAGAAUACAGAAGGAGCAAAAUGUACUAGCUGCCCAAAAAUGUCAAAGGAAAACAAGAUUUUCACUGCUAAGCUGCUGCAUCUAAAGUACAAGGAGAAAGACCUGAAGACCAUUCGUAAGGACCUGUCCCAUACCAGGCAUUUGGUGAACACAGCUAAACGAGGACAAGGCUUCUUCAAGCGGUUGAAGAGAGAGGAAGAGGAGAAACAAAAUGUAUUGCAAAUGGAGCAAAAAAAACUAAUGGAGAAAUACAGCCAAGAAUGGCAACCUCCCAAGUACUCCUCAGAUGAGGAAGAAUCUGAGGAAGAACAACACGAAGAGAAGGGGAUUUUUGUAACAGAUCCAAUCUUCUCACCACCGUCAAAUGCAAUAAAAGUCCACUCUCGAAGGACUUCCAGUAAAAGAAAGAUUCCAGAUGCACGACCUUACACACCAGUACAUUGUAGCCUUAUGUCAACCAGAUUGACAGAGAAGGACAUGGAGCCACUCUUUCGACAACUCUGUGCCUUGACCUGGCUACUUGAGGCUGUGACUGUAGAACCACUGAGCACAAUGGGCACUGUUACAACCUGCUGGACUGCCAGAGAUCCAGGUGGAAUGAAAAAUACAGCCAGGAAAAUCAACAAAGAUAAGUCCAUAGAAACAAGGUGGGAACAGUUCUUAACACAGCCCAAGUUCAAAAAGCUUUCUCCUCGGAUUCUGCGCAGGACAUCAUUACGACCCAGAAGGACCUCUCUUGCAACUGUAUCACAUGCCAGUGAUACAACCCCUGUCCUCGGCAGUGCCUCAUCGGUGGUCACUACUUCCGACGACCUGGGAGUGGCAACUCCGGCUCCAAUUUUAGAGUCAGUUUCUGAGGCUGAGGACAAUGACUCGACUGCAAGCAGCUCAAUCACCCAAAGCAAACAGGAGCAAGAAGAAGAGGAGCCGGUGACUGACUAUCUUCAAAAACUGUUCGACAUCGUGCACCAGAGCAUAAGCAAGGAGCUUCACGGUGAAGAGGCGAAUCCAGGCAAACAUGAGGAAAGUCCAGCAGCAGCCCUGAAUAAUGAGAAAAGAAACAUUGUGACCAAUUCUGGUGCAGAACAAUGGACCAACCUCAAUAAACCACAGGAGAGGCAGAAAAGCCCACCUUUAGGCCUUGUUUCAGAAACCAGUCUUUUUGUUGCCAGCAAAUCCUCUCUCCCUCUGGAAAUGCAGUCAAAGUUCUUUGAGGUAAAUGAGGAAGCAGCUUUGUGUCUCCAUGACAACCUGGAAGCCUUGGAGAAGAAACGCUGGGAGACCAGCAAGUGCAAAUUCCGUGCCCUCGACAAUAUAGUCAGCUUUUAUACACUCAAUAAGGGUCUGCAGAGGUCACUUCAGGAAUCUAAAGGAGAUAAAGUGCAAAGGAAUACAGAAACCUGGUAUUCCAGCCUAUUAUGUCAAAUUCCCGAGACUGUUAAAGCAAACCAGAAGAUCGAUCGAAUACUGAAAAGGUUGAGAAAGUUUGGAGAACAGCAGGGUUUCAGAGUUCGGCCACAUCAGUUCCUCAAGGUGCUCAGUGGACUGCGCAACUGGGAGCUCUGUUCCCCAGAUAUCAGUGCAGCUAUUGAGUUCAUGCGGGACAAGGUUGUUCAGAUGCCUGCAGCUGACUAUGACAGCUGGUUACAGCUAAAGUUGGAUUUACCAAAGAGGAUACAGAGUGCACCACCGCUAAGGUGAAAAUCACAAUGAAGGAGGAUGUGAAACAUUGUUGCAACAGUGAUGCCAUGGAAUUUUGAGGAGUUUUAUUUUAAAGCCUUUUGUUUUAGUUUGUCUGUUGUUGUCUAUCUGUUGAUUUAAACUGAUUCAACUGCACUUUCGUACCAAAGGAGCUCUUCACAAACAUUGCUCAAUUAUGAAAAGCCUAACCCUCUUGCAACAGGGUCUAAACCAGCUGGCUGUGUGGGGAGCACGAUAAGUAAAUCCCAGAAUGUGUGCUUGUGGGCGAUCUUUGAACUGAACUUCAGGGUUGCAGGGGGUGUAGUGGGUGUGCUGAAAAUGCCACCUCCCACCCAUGGUGGUCAGCUCCUCUACCACCCCCUCCGCCACCCUACUACUGGCUCCAUUCACCAGAGAUGCAUUGUAUCUGGGUGCAUCACUGCGUGCUAUGGCAGCUGCUCUUCCCAAGACCACAAGCGACUAUAGAGAGUCAUGAACAGAGCCCAGUCCAUCAAGCAAGCCAGCCUUCCACCCAAAAACUCCAACAUAUUUCCUGCUGUCUCAGGGAAGCAACCAAAAUAAUUAAAGGCCCUCCCACUCCAGUUAUACUGUCUUCCACCCUCUUCUAACAGGUAGAAAAUAUAAAAGCUUGAGUACACAUGAAAACAGAUUCAAGAACAGCUUCUUUCCUGCUGUUAUCAGACUGUUGAAUGGACCUCUCAAAUGUUAAUGUUGAUUUCUCUCUCUGCACCUUCUCUGCCACUAUACCACUGUACUAUGGAUUCUAUAUAACAAGGUGUGGAUCUGGAUGAAUACA